GUCACAAUAGAAGUGCGAAAUGUGGGGCCUAAGAGUUAGAGCUCAACCCGCCCAGACACAAGAUCGUCGAUAUAAAAAGUAGCUGAAUACAUAUGCAAAUAUGUCAGAUCAACGUGAAGUUUUACAUACGUGAGGCUGGUAUCGGUUACUUCGAUGUUAAAUGUGACGUUGAACUUGAUUAUUUCAUAUUGUCUAUGCAGGUAGUGGUGGGCAGCUGUAAUUUAUUCUUUUGAGGGUUCGUUUCAUUUUCCAUUCCGAAGAUCUCGAUUUCAUCUUUCUCUCGGGAGAGAAAUAAUCUAAAGCUCUUAGCUUUAUACCUGUGCAUCAUCGAGCUUGACACAACCUGAGCAAAAUCCGGGAGGAGUUGCACAGGGCGGGGCUGACGAAGGGUAGCGGCGGCGCGUGAGCGGAGCUCCAGCAGGAGCAUGUGCGACUGAGCAGAACCUGGCAGCCAGCAGCAGCAGGCUGGAGGCGGGUUUAGUGUCUCUCCGGCAGGUAGUGGAGACGGAGCGACGGGGUGAACACGGUGGCUGCUUACUGCAGAAAUAGGCAUUCGUCAAGUGCCUGAGAGGUGAGAUACUGUAGUGUUAAGUGCGGUGGUGACAAGACGUGUGGAAAGACUGAGAGCUCCACCAUGCUUCUGGACGCUUUCCUGGAUCUAUUUCUGUGUCUCCUAGUAUUAUGUGGCCCCACUCAUGUUCUGGCAGCAGAGGAAGCACCGCUGGUGGCCGUGUAUGCAGUGAGAGGUCAGACAACAUAUCUUCCCUGUAACCUCACCACCGCCCCGGAAGACCCUGUCAUACUGGUUCUCUGGUACAAGAACGGCACUAAAACACCCGUCUUCAGCGUGGACUCACGAAGUCGUGGUCAUCAGCAGGACGGAACAGGAAACCCGCGCGCCGCAGCCGACGGCUUCGGUGGCCGUGCAAGCUUUCAGAAGCAGCGAGGGUGGAGUUGGACGUUGGUGGUACGCGAAGUGGAGUUCAGCGACCAGGGCGAGUAUCGCUGCCGCUUGGAUUUCCAGUCCUCUCCCACGCACAACGCCAGAGUUCUUCUUCACGUUGUUGAUUUGCCACGUCAGCUGCAUAUCUACAGCCCUGGGGGAGCGGUGGUAGAUGGGGUAGCGUCUGUACAAGUGGACCGUCCACUCACUCUGUCCUGCAGGGCGACAGGAGGUGAGCCGCUGCCCAACGUCACCUGGUGGUCGGGGUCAACACUGCUGGACUCAGAAGUGGAGAGGCUUGAGGGACUCCCGUCUCUCUCCACUCCCACAGCCACGCCCACAGUCACGCCUACCGUCACACCCGCUACCCUGUACGUGACCAACACCUUACACUUAACCGCCCUCACUCGCGCCCACCUCGCCCACAAUCUCACCUGCAUGGCGGCCAACACGCCCGCCCUUCCGCCUCUAAGUGCCUCUGUUUACCUCCGGGAAACGGACUCGGAGCUGAAGGUGGAGAUGAGAACGCCGACGGGGAAGCUGUCGGGAGGUCGUCAGUACGACAUCAGGUGCGAGGCGACUGGGGUGAGGCCGCCACCUGUACUCACCUGGUGGCUCCGAGGUCAGCAGCUCACCCAAAACAUCAAUGUGCAGAACCUAGGGAUGGAUUCGACAGUAUCUCUGCUACGGCUGCUGGCUACUGCUGGCGACGACGGAGGUCUACUGGAGUGUCGUUCUACUGCCCCUACACUGCCGCAUCUCUCAGCCUCAGACUCUGUCAGGCUCACCGUGCACUAUGUGCCCGAGGCCAGCAUUAGCAUCGAAGGCGGGGGCAGCCAGGGCCGCCUGGGCAGCAAGGUCGUCGGAUUGGGCGGCGUGGGUGGCGUGGGCGGCCUGAGGGCUGGAGACUCUGCCACCCUCACCUGCGCCGCCCGUGCUAACCCACCCGCUUAUAACUUCACCUUCUUGUUUAAUAGUAUCUUGUACACUGUGAUCAUGUCUCUUGACUUCAACGUCGCAGCGCACCAGCACCGAACAGAUGCGCCCGUGUGUGAGUGGGAGGGUGCUAAGGAGGUGCUAGCUACUGUGGGAGAGAAGGUGGAGAUGACUUGUCGCGUGAGGGCGUCUCCACCGCAGCUCUCCUAUACCUGGGAAAGUGUUAUCUUCACCCCUAACAUGGAACAGGUACGUUCGCCUCUACAUCAUCAGGACACUGGACUGACAUCAGUAGGGUGGGCAGUGGCUGAUAACAGCAGUAGUGGGGCUCAGAGGGCAGAGUGUCAGCCAAGUAAUGAUGUGGGACCAGCUGACCGUCCCUGUGUCUUCACCAUCCUCCUUGUGGACGAGCCGACAGUGAACACCCAUGGCGAGGAGCCUGCACCACCAACGGAGACACCAAGGAACAGCGGAGGCACGCCCGUCAGCGUGGUGGUGUCUGGCGUGGUGGUGGGCGUGGUUGUGGGCGUGGCUGUGGUGGUAGCGGGCGUGGUCACGUGCAGGGCACGCCGGGGCCACGCCUCUUCCCCAGGCAAGACUCAUCAAUAUCACAAUGCCUCCAGGGACUCGCUGCUGGAGCUGCCCCAGGGUGCAAUGUACCAGUCUUGCAGCAGCCAUCCUUCCUGUGAGUUGCUGACUACAUUCUCCCCGGGCCCCGUAGUGGUGACACAGGUUACUUCAGGCAGGUCUUCCAAGCGUUCGUCUCCACUUUUCAGGAAGUCCUCGACUCGCAGCGCUCCUGGAGGCAAUUCUCCAAGAGGGAUGCGCCCCAGGAGCGCCUCUUGCCGUGGAGGUCCCGUACACGUGGUGGAGGUGGAGGCUGACGAUAUCACAACUCCAAGAGUAGAGAUCCAGUCUCCCUCCAGGUUCUCGAGGCUCAGCUUAAGGGGCGACACCUUCAAAUACAGAGAUUCCCCUUCGCCCUUAUCCCUUCAAUGUGAAGUCCUACAGCAGCCAGAGCCCCAGGUUGAGCUUCAUCUCGUACCCCAAAGUGAAGCCCUGGAGCCCCAGCUUCAGCCUGCCUCUCAAGUUCAUCUCUCACCCCAGUCAUUCUCAGCACCCCAGAUGCAUCCUUCACAUCAACAACACCUCUCACCUCAGUCUUAUGAUUCCACGACUCCGCAACAUCUUCAUCCCCAAGUUCACACAGUCACUCAUCCUCACUCCAUACCACAGAUCACCCUCACGUCACAAGUUCACACUGUCACCACCCCUAAAACUGCAUCUCACCCAGAUCCAGCGUCCCAAUCUCUCGCUGGAGAUCACGGUCACACUUCUCCCCAACGACAUUCCUCAACUCUCACUCGGAAGUACAGUGCCGCGUCUCUCCGUAGCAAUUCCCCGGGUCGCUCCUCGCCUGUGAGGCAUACUGGCACUCCACCACACUCUCCUGGCAUCCUGCAUACCUCAGCUCGCUCAGGUAAUGCCAGCCAUCCACACACUGCCACACUCCACAAAACUACUCUCUCGCAUACAGAUACAUAUCCACACACAUCCACAUAUCAACUCACUGUUAUACCUCCACACACAGCCCCACACUUACACACGAGUAUGCUCCCUCACGCUACUGCACAUUCUCAUAUGACCACACACCCACUAACAACUACACAGCAACACACAACUCACCCUUUCACAGGUACACUCUCUCGUCUGGCAUCUCAGGUUCAUUCACCUGCUGCAGAGGAAUACUCUCAGCAUUUCCCGCCACACUCGAAUCCACACCUUCACCAACCACUCGAGGAAGUUCCCCAGGGAGACCAUCCUCUAGAGCCACCGUCACAUCACCAGACACAACAACCAUCCCAGCUAUCCCCUCACCCUCACAUGGAAGCACCUACAACACACUGUAACUCACCUGAAAGUGCUUCAAUAAAACUUUAUCCAACUUUUUGGUAGUCUGGUUGUUUAUUAAUCCAAUAUGCAAAGAAAAUCGUAUUACAAGAGUUUAAAACUUCUUAAUGUCUCUGGAACAGUAAUGGAAGGUGUAUGAAUGUUACAGAGCACCCAAGUGACAAAUAUCGUAAUGAUUUCGGGCAGACUAUAAUAUCCAAUAUAAACUAGAUGUCUUUUAAGGUGCAAUGGCUGAAGAUCCAGCGUUGCACCUAUAAUGAUUCGUACGUCAAUAACUAUCGGGGAUGUAACAAAUAUGUAUGCAUAUGUAGUCUUGCCGAAUAGGUGAAAGCGAUAUCUGCUUAAAUAGCAACACUUCUUGCAGAAUAAGGCAAGCAACCGAAAAAUUGUGUAUGCAAUAUCGCUAAAAUCCUUCUGAAUCUAACGAAAAAAAAAAUAUUUCAUUGCAUUUGCUUAUUAAAUUAUUGUAAACUUACCUAAAAUAUAUUUAGUUGGAUUAAGCUAAAUUA